AUCGCGCCGUGCAGGGAGGCGAAAACCAGCCCGCAGACGCCUGAUUACACGCAAAGGCACCCGAAUUAACGACGUUUCUGUGAGCAGCGUGAAGUAUACGCAUCGCGAUUCGCUGGUGAAGCGCGCAAAAUGUCGCAGCGGCGCGGUCGUCGAGGCGCUGCUUGCAGUUGAUAGCGGUGUGUACGCGCGAGGGGUGCGGUGCUCUCGCAAGUGCAAGUGCGGCACAUCUCCGACGCAUUGCUUCCUCGGGGGGUUUAGAGCUACGCACGGCCCAGGGUGAUGUGCUAGGCGAGUGCGACAGCAGCAGCGAGGAGUCGAGUCAGUCAUGGCGCCUGGGCCGCGGCCGGGCAGUCUGAAGGACCCGGAGAUUGCCGAUCUCUUCCACAAGCACGACCCGGAGAAGAUCUUCGAGGAUCUGCGCGAGAUCGGCCAUGGAUCCUUCGGCGCUGUCUACUAUGCGCGGUGUUUGCUUAGCAAGGAAAUCGUCGCCAUCAAGAAGAUGUCAUACAUGGGCAAGCAGAGUCUGGAAAAGUGGCAGGAUAUUCUUAAGGAAAUCAAAUUUUUACGACAAUUACAACAUCCGAAUACAAUCGAGUAUAAAGGAUGUUACCGCGGUGACAAAGAUCACAUGGUCUGGGUGGUAAUGGAGUAUUGCGUCGGCAGCGCAUCGGACAUCAUCGAAGUACACAAGCGCCCUCUACGCGAAGAUGAAAUCUCCGCCAUUUGCGAAGGCGUGCUCUCCGGCUUAUCCUACCUGCAUUCACUCGGGCGUAUACAUCGCGAUGUCAAAGCCGGGAAUAUUCUACUCACCGAAGCCGGCGUAGUCAAACUCGCCGACUUUGGCAGCGCGAGCGUGAAAUGCCCGGCGAAUUCCUUCGUCGGUACACCAUACUGGAUGGCCCCGGAGGUGAUUCUCGCCAUGGAUGAAGGUCAAUACGACGGUAAGGUUGACGUGUGGUCGCUAGGCAUCACUUGUAUUGAGUUAGCGGAACGCAAGCCGCCAUAUUUCAACAUGCACGCCAUGUCUGCGCUGUAUCACAUCGCGCAGAACAACAGUCCGUCGCUAGAUGUCGCCAACGACUGCUGGAGUGACACUUUCCGCGACUUUGUCGAUGCAUGCCUACGGAAAUCACCAUCCGAGCGGAGAUCUUCGAAAGAAUUACUUGGACAUCACUAUGUCACACGUCAACGCUCACCGAAUGUGCUGGUGGAUCUUAUACAACGCACAAAAGCAGCUGUGCGUGAUUUAGACAACUUGAACUAUCGUAAAAUGAAGAAAAUUCUCAUGGUGGAUGAGACAGAGAGUAAUUUAGGUGAUGCGGAGGACCCGCAGGAUGAUCACACCGGCGGGGAUAGCUCGAAGAGUAACUCCGUCACGUCGGAACACAGCGCGCAUAGUGUGGGCGUGUCUGCAAGCAGUCAAUCUUCAAGCACGAACAGUAUACCUAUGGCGAUGGGUGCCGGGGAUGAUUAUGCUGCGCAGCGACCACCGCGCAGACCAAUCAAUCACGUGGCCGAGGCGGCCAUUGCGGAACACGGUGCGAAUAACUUUGCAACCAUACGCACGACGAGUAUUGUUACAAAACAGGCGAAGGAGCAUAUGCAGGAGGAGAUGCACGAGCAGAUGUCUGGGUAUAAGCGCAUGCGUCGUGAGCAUCAAAGCGCGCUGCUCAAACUUGAAGAGCGGUGUAAGCUGGAGAUGGAGAAUCACAAGACGCAGCUGGAUAAGGAGUAUGUGUCGCUGUUGUCGACGUUCAGCAGGGAUUUGGCGAAUUUACAGACGAAGCACACGAAUGAGAUGGAGAAGAAACUCAAGUCGAAUGUGAACGCCGAGAAGAAGCUGCUCAAGGACAUCAUGACCCGGCAGGAGAUGGACAGGAAGGCGUUUGAUGCGCAUUGUAAGAAGGAGAGGAAGGCGACCAAGGAGAGACUCAAGUGGGAACUGGCGCAAGAUGGCAGCACGCCGAAACGUGUCAGAGACGCCACAUUAUCAAAUCAAAAGGAGAAUAUGAAAUUAGUCGAGGCGCAAGAGGAGCAACGUCUGCUGCGUGGUCAGAAGGAAUAUUUAGAGCUUGAGGUGCGUAAGUAUCGACGGCGGCGCCUCCUAGCGGCGCAAAAGUUCGAAUUGGAUUUGCUGGGUGAUGAGUUGCAUAAGCGACAGCGCCAGUUGGAGGAAGCACAUUCGAUGCUCGUGCGGCAUCAUGAGAAGACUCAGGAACUCGAGUAUCGUCAACAGAAGGCCGUGCAUGGGCUGAGAGAGGAGCAAGUGCGCAGUCAGCAUGAUACUGAGUUGGCCAAUCAGAAUGAGUAUAUGAAGCGUUCUGAGCGUGAAUUGCGCAAAAAACAUGCGCUUGAGAUUAAACAACAACCAAAAUCACUUAAGCAAAAGGAAAUGCUGGUGCGUAAACAGUUCCGGGAGGCGUGCAGCGUCCAAACGAAGCAAUACAAAGCCCUGAAGGUGCAGAUAUUGAGCUCGACACCGCGCGAUAGUCAAAAGGCAGUGAUUAAGAAGCUAAAGGAGGAGCAGCGAAGGAAGCUGGCGCUGCUGGGCGAGCAGUACGAGAAUAGCAUCGUGGAGAUGCUGCAGAAGCAGAGCGUGCGCCUGGAUGAGAGUCAGGAGUUUGAGUGCGCGCAGCUCAAGGAGCGGCUGAGCUACGAGCUGGAGAUUCUGAUGGCGUAUCAGAGCAAGAACAAGAUGCAGGCGCAGAAUCAGCGGGAUCGUGAGCGCAAGGAGCUGGAGGAGCGUGUUUCGGUUAGGCGGUCGCUAUUGGACGCAAAGAUGAAUUCGGAGACGAACCGUUUUCUUGCUGAGCGGUCGGAUCGCAUUAAAAAUCUCCAUGAUAAACAGGAGCGGACUCUGCAGGACUUUGAUAGCGAGUCAGUACGGAUGGGAUUUAGCGCUUUGGCAAUCGCCGAAGCCAACAGGGAAAACUACAACGACGACGACCAGAGCAUGUCCGGCUCGAUGCUCAGCCUGGCGCACUCGAACAGCUCGACGAGCUUCCCGCCCGGCUCGCUCUAGUAACACCCUCCUCAUCCCCCCACCCACCACCACCACACAGCAGGAAACCAUAUUACGUAAGACACCCUCCGAAAGACAUCAUGACAAACCUCACACAAAUGUACAUACUGAUAUGCGCGCGCACCGUACUGAUGCUGACAUUCAGUGGGGGCGCGGCGGUGAGACGAGCGAGCGAGAGAGAGAAAUUUAGGCAAUUACAGAAUAACAGCGCGUGUGCAAUUUUAACGUUCUAAUAAUUUACCACUACGAUUAAAUUAUAAAUUAAAUAAUGGCAUAGUUAUACAUAUACAGAUGAUAUUGCGAUGAUGAUAUAUAUUAAUCGAUGAAAUUGAAACCAAAGUCAGAAGAGAAAAAAACAAGCGAAACAACAUUAAAUUUAAACAAACAAAAAAACUAAAGAAGAAGAAGAAGCAAAACAGAGAAAAGUGUACAUAAAUUAUUGUUUAUUUCUAUUUCUACUAGAGAUUGAUGAUUGAGAGUAAUUCCGACGCGGUGUUUCUAGUAAUGACAGAACUAAUCAAAGACAUACACUACACAUAGGCAACCAACACUACACCGACACUAAAAUAAAUAAUUAUGUAACGCAGUGCAGUGCGAGGCGACAAGUGACGAGAAACAACACUAAACACACUAAAGAUAACGAGUAUUAGUUGAAUUGUACAUUUUUGAUUUUGUUGCGUUGCGUUUUAUUCUUCGUACGCGCACGAAACACGCGUACGAAAUUACAAACGAACGUGUUAUACAUAUGUAUUUUAUACUUAAACAAAAGCUUUAGGUAAAAAUGAAUCAACAAACCACA